GCGAUGGCGAAGCUCCGGGUGGCUUACGAGUACACGGAAGCCGAGGACAAGAGCAUCCGGCUCGGCUUGUUCCUCAUCAUCUCCGGCGUCGUGUCGCUCUUCAUCUUCGGCUUCUGUUGGCUCAGCCCGGCGCUGCAGGAUCUGCAAGCCACGGCGGCCAACUGCACGGUGCUGUCAGUGCAGCAGAUCGGCGAGGUGUUCGAGUGCACCUUCACCUGUGGCGCCGACUGUAGAGGCACCUCGCAGUACCCCUGCGUCCAGGUCUACGUGAACAACUCGGAGUCCAACUCCAGGGCGCUGCUGCACAGCGACGAGCACCAGCUCCUGACCAACCCUAAGUGCUCCUACAUCCCUCCCUGUAAGAGAGAAAAUCAGAAGAACUUGGAAAGUGUCAUGAAUUGGCAACAGUACUGGAAAGAUGAGAUUGGUUCCCAGCCAUUUACUUGCUAUUUUAACCAAUUUCAAAGACCAGAUGAUGUGCUUCUGCAUCGCACGCAUGAUGAGAUUGUCCUCCUGCAUUGCUUUCUCUGGCCCGUGGUGACAUUUGUGGUGGGCGUUCUAAUUGUGGUCCUGACCAUCUGUGCCAAGAGCCUGGCAGUCAAGGCAGAAGCCAUGAAGAAGCGCAAGUUCUCUUAGAGGGGUGUAGGCUUGUGGAAAGCAAAGCACAGAAACUGCAUCCAUCGGCACACAUCUCCCUGCAGAGCCUGUUUCCGACGCAGGGGAUGGAAGAGGUCACAAGAGGUCUCUGAGAGGCCCCUCCCUCAGUGGCAGCAGCAACAGGCACAACCGGAAGACUUAGGACCUCAUAGAUUGUAUUCUGUGUGUUGUAGCAAUGGCUAAAGAGUCAAACUCUUGGCUCUGUGGAGUAAUAGUUUCAGAAAAUCUGAUAAGAUGUUAAUUUUUUGGGAAAAUAACAAUGUAUAAUUGUACAGUGUAGUAUAUAAAUCAUUAUGAUUUAUGGUAUUUAAAAAUAUUAAAAUAGAGUGGUCUGUGUUCUUUUCUAUUUCCUUUUUUAUGCUUAGAACACCAGAGUUCAAAAAAAAAAACAAGUCUUCUGGGUUUCAUUUGAUUCUGCUAGACUAAACUUUUACUUGGAGAUGAAGAUUCCUGCACAAAUCUUGACCUCACUGUAUAAUCCCAUUUCUAUUAAAGAGUACUUUUUGACCCUUGCUUGAAAAAGGAAUACUAUGCUGUUAACUCAGUCUCCAGUCACUUCUGUGACUCUUAAACAAAGGAUGUUCAAAGGUUGGGAAAACAUAUCCUCCAGCGCCUGCUUUUGCCUACUCAUUAUUUUCCACCAGAUUAUUUCUUAAGAGAGGGAGAUGAUUCUGAACAAGGCCUAUUCUAGCUCUCAGAGCCUCGCACUCCUUUAUUCAUCUGUUCAUGUUAUUUUUGAUGGAUUUUAUCCUUGUGCAAUAGAAUGUACAUGAUGUGAAAGAUACCUUUCAGCUUAGUUAAAUGCUGUUUUCAAUUCUUUUUUCUUUUAGGUCAGAAAAAAAAUUCAAAAUCUGUUCCAGCAUUUUGUUUUGAUUUUCUCUGUCCUUGCCUUGAUGUUACCAGUAUUAAAACAAGAAUAUUGCUGCAGCUGUUCAGUUUGCUUAGACAAACCUGGAGAUGCAAACCAGCUCACAUCACUGCUGAGCUUUCUGUGCCUUUAUCAAAAGUUCACUGAGGAGACCAGACUUCUUUGCAUCUGUUCGUGAACUCAAAUUCCAAAUAUGAAUCACAGGUCUCAGUGACUAUAAAACCUACCCUACUUAUUUACCAGGUAGAAUCAAACAUUUGUUUAGAUGAAAUGUAUAUUUUUAGUGAAGGAACAACUGACGAUAUAAUUUCAUGUUGCUUUCUUCUAAUAUUCUUUCAACUUGUGUCUUGUAGAAUAAAGGCAAAUUAGAAUUUAA